AUGGCCUCUGCCCCACCAACAAGCGGGCUCCCCGCUCGGACAUGGACCCGGGAAACCGACUCCGAAUUCAUCGUCUCUACGGAGCCAUCUCUCCUCGAUGUCCAAGCAGUGAACAAAGCAUUUGACAGAGACUUCGUUUACUGGAUCGAAAAGCCAUUCCCAGAGCAAGUGCUUUGGCAAAUGCUCCACGGGUCCUUGAGCUUCGGCGUGUACAAAGUCCAGCCCGGAGGUCCAGUCACGCCAGAGCGGACCGAGCAGAUCGGACUAUGCCGCGUAGCCACCGAUGGGGCGACAUUUGCUUAUAUCUCCGAUACUUAUGUUCUGCCUGAGUACCAGGGACAUGGACUGGGGAAUUGGCUUAUAGCCUGUGUUGCGGAGAUUUUUUCGAAGGAGAAUAUGCCUUACCUCCGACGCAUUAUGUUGCUAACGGAUGAUGAGCGCUUGCAGAAGUUUUAUGGAAAGAUUUUGGGGGUGCAGGUUGUUGGUAGCGAAGUCCGGGAGGACUUUGGGAGGGAUUUGGUCUUUAUGUGUGCCAGACCCUGA